AUGUCUACUGCCACCGCUCCUGCUAAGCAAGCUCCUCCUCCCGCGCAGGCUGGACAGAGCCCCGGUUUGUUCGGUCAGAUGGCUUCCACCGCUGCCGGCGUCGCAGUCGGCUCCUCCAUAGGCCACGCCAUCGGCGGUUUCUUCGGCGGCGGCUCCUCCUCCCAGCCCGCUGAGCAACAAUACCAACAGCCUGCUGAGUCGUAUGCUCAACCCGGUGGCGCUAUGGACAAUAAUCUCUACAACUCCUCGUCACCUCAAGCCCAGGCUUCGGGCCCUUGCGCGAUGAAUAUCAAGCAGUACACGGACUGCAUGACGCAAAAUCAGGGAGACAUGAAUAUCUGCGGGUGGUAUUUGGAUCAGUUGAAGGCUUGUCAGGCUGCUGCGCGGCAGUACUAG